AGAGCACUUGAUACUACUCCGACGAACUAGAAUGAAUCAACAGAUUUUAAUUAUAAUUACAAAUUUACAAACCAAAUUCAAAAAUUCAUGUCAGAACUCAGAGUGAGACCAUCUUAAUUCUAUUUUGAAUUCUUAAAUUUAUAUUAAUAUAUAUAUAUUUAUAUCAAUUCACUUGAGUUUUAAAGAGGUGAAGUAUAAAUUGAAACAAACAAUUGAAAUCGUAUGAAUUUAAACAAGUCAAUCCAAUAGCAAGUUUAAUAUGAGUGUAUUUGGAGAAAUUGUGGAGCCAGGGACGAGAGUUGCAUGGGAAGACUGGGACGACGUGUCUCAAGGAACUGAAAAUACCGAACUUAAAUGGACAAAUAUAUUUGAAGUUCCUGAUACAGUUGAUCUCUUAUUAAUACUUGAUGGUAAACAUAUAUCAGACACAGUAAGGCUGCAGGAACAAGAUUCUAUAGAAUUAAUAAAUACUGUAAAGGAGGCUAGCUUAAGUCUUUACAAAAUAAAAUUAAGAAAUGCUUACAUUUGCAUUUUGAAGGAUUACAACUUACUCUUGAGUAGUGAGAUAGUAGAGUUACUUCGCGAUUUUAUAGAGAAAAGUAAAGAUAUAAUAGUAUUCUUAAAUAAGCCUCUGGCGGAAUAUCAAACCAGUAACCUAACUUAUCAGCCUUGUGUUAUCAGGUGUUUAAAAACAACAAAAAACUUAACAAACCUUCAUGGGCUUAACUUUCCAAAAUUAGAACAGCCCAAUAUAAUUUCUGGUGUUGCAGCAGGAGUUAUUACUCUAAGGGAACACUAUAAUUUAGGAGCAAUGGCGGUUGUAAUAUACAUGGAAUAUUUAGAAAAUUCCCAAUUGGAGGAAGUAUACAGCUUAUUACAAAACCUGGACAUUUCUGUUUCAACAAACCAAAUACCAAACAGUGUAGCUAACUCAAACCUCUAUAUUUAGUAUAGAGUUUAUUAUAUUAUAUUAUUAUAUGAAAUAUUUCAAAAUGUGUAAUGGUAUUAUGAUGGAAUAAAAAUAAUAAUU